AGCCUAAAACCCUUUUUACUAUAGCAACACAGACCAUGACAGAUAUAACAGACUUGGGUGAAUUACCAGCAGUUUCCACCGAUCCCUUUCAAGUCAUUGUCGAUGACGGUUUACCGGUGGAACUUUUCACAAAAGAAGAACAACAUAAACAACUCUUGGAAGAACACAGCGUCAUACCACGAACAAACGACUUUCAACCCACACCAUAUAAAAAGGCAUUCCAUUAAGGCGAGAGGUACAACAUAUAUAUUAUAGUGCGCCUGAACUUUAUUACGGCUUAGGUGUGGAAUCAUGGGUGGAGAAAUUGGUAAAGAAAGACAUGAAAAAGAACCGAGAAUAUGAACAGUAUGAUCCGUUAAAGGGGAAUUCAUUGAUGGUGACAGAAUGGAUGGAUUGUGAAUGUGUGGUAUUUAGUGCAGGACCUUCGCUGUCAAGUUUAGUGAUAGCAUCAAACAUGGAAAGUAAAAAUACGAUUCAACAUGCUGUGGAUUUACGAUACCCGAUUCGACAGAUCCAUCAGUCCCCAUUAUGCACGAAGGAACUAGUGAUAUUUCUUGUGCGUACGACCAGUAGUAUACAUGUAUUCAAGAUGAAGGGUAAAGAAAUUGCCAUAGUGGAUGAAAUCAAGUUUCCACAAUUAUCGCGUAUUCGUUCAGCCGUAGACUAUUCCAUGCCUGUCCAUGCUGAGCUCAGUCCGUUUUCCGAAUACAAUUAUGUAUAUGUGACGAAUAACGGGUAUAUGGCGUUAAUGGAUGGCUUAAAUCACAGGACGCAGUAUGAUGACAAGGAGCCUAUGCCAGUAGGAACAUCGUAUAAGGCAAGAUGGAGAUCUUGUUCGUUUGGUAUCAUGCAAACCAGCGUUUAUAUUGUAUCUCCUCAAUCCAUUAAAUUGUACACGUUUCGAGUAAGUGUUCUAUCGCCCCCCCCCCUCUUUUUUUUAACUUCGAUUUUAAAUAAAAAAAAACCCUCCCUUUUAUUUUAG